AUGCCCUCUCGCCGAGGACCACCCCCCCUCUCCGUUCGCUUGCCGACGGGCAAUGCGCAACCCGAACUCCCUCCCAUAUCCGCCCUCUUUCUCAUCGACUUUGACGUCAAGGCUGGUUAUACCAUUGUUUGGAAACAAUCAGCUCCCGGAAUCGAACUCGAGGGCCUCGUCGAAUACAAGAGCUUGCCUUCUGGUCUGCACACUGUCCCCGACGACUUGAUAUACUUUGUGCACGAGGGAGAACAUGCCGGUCUCAGCGCUUUCAUCAACACCCCGUGUGACGAGGAGGAGGCCCGACAUGCCCGCAUGAUUGCCGUUGGCGUCCUCGUGCCCCUCAGCUACGGCCGCCUGGGUCGCGCCUGGAGACAUGCUGAAGGUUUGAAGGACAUUGCAUCGAAAUUAGCCAAAGAUCGCAAGAAUACUAGCCUCCUUGAUGAUUACUGGGAGAGCAACAAGGCCAAAGAAGGAGCUGAACAAGAACGACCCCCGAUAGAUUCCCCUUCUAUCAGUUUCAGCUCCCAAGCCGCACAACCAAAAAAGUCGAACCAUAAUCGCAGUCGAUCCGCAUCAGAUGGAGCUUCCUUACUGCCAAGCGGGCAUCGACUGUCCCCAUAUCACCCGGCCUGGGAUCUGACAACGUUGUUGGACACCUUCGGACCGCUCAUAUUCCCUAUUCACAGGGCAGCUUUGCUGAGGAGGCGCAUAUUGAUAUCAUGCCAUGCGCCGGUGCGCGAGAUUUGCAACUUUGUAUACAAUAUUUCUGUUCUUUCAAAUAUCCCCCAGACAGUGGCCGAGUUAUUGGCUCCGACAUCGUCCUCUCAACGUCUUAGGCCGCUCUUCACAAUCGGAGUUCACGACAUUCCCUUUUUGAUGGAAGAUUUUGAGGCCUCGAAGCGCCGGAAAGUCGACAGCAACAACGACAUGGUGGACGAGGCUGGCUCGGGAUGGGUUGCUUGCACGACCGACAGCAUCCUAGCCAUGAAAGAUACACUGUGGGACAUGCUUAUCACCAUGCCGCCACCGUAUGCUCCCAACGCCAAGGAAAAGGUCUGGCCAACUGUGGAAUGCCCCCGCGGUACGCCCAUCAAAGCGACACAGCGCGAUUUGAGGCGGUUCCGUGCCCUGAAGGCUGGCCUGGCUAGGAUAACACCCACGACAUCAAAACCGAUGACGGCUGAAAGCCCCCGGUCAGAGACUUCGACGAGUUUCAAACUGACUACUGGCGCCUUCCCAGUUUCGAGUAUUGAGGGCGACGAAGCUCUGGACAAGAUUGUUGAGCCAUCAAGUUGGACGGCCUUGGCAUACAGCGGGUUCAUGUGGUGGGCGAGCGCCGGUGAACAAGCGCGAAGCGAGGAGCAGGAGGAGGCAGCCCAUGAUGCGGCGUUGCUGGCGGACCUGGGUCUGACGCCCCACACCCCAAGCAUGUCGAAACCCGUUGCGAGACCCCGUUCAUCGGUAUCCGGCGGCAUGGCUGACUCGAUUGGGUCCGUUGUCUCUCGGCCAGCCGUUGGUCCCGAUGACAACGAAGCAACGACGGAGCUCGCCGUCAUUGCCUACUUCCACCGAUUGACAGCGCAAAUGCUGACGGUCAUGGCUGACCUGGUGGAGAGUUCGGACGACCGCUACGAAGACGAGGAUGAUGAAGACGACGCCGAUGAUGUGCCUCUGAGGACCAAUAGUGAGUCGGAUCGAAGCUCGGUACGAGUUGGCAGCGAUGCACUCGAGAGCAUGGGUCUUGACGUGUGGAAUUCGCAAGAUGCGGAGUUUAUCAAGGAACUCAUGAGCAAGUACUACGACCGAAAACCCUAUAUUGAGGGCAAAGGUGUCGAGGUUUGCGGCGUCCGGGUUUGCUGA